CACGUGAGCGCGAACCGCUCGCGCACGUGUGUUUGUUGGUCGGGCCGGGAAAGUGGUUCUCUCGAGGCAAAAACUGCAGAAGAAAAUGCAGCACAUUUGCUCGUCUUUCCUCCUUACCUCGGCAGCCCUACUACUGUGCCUGUCUACAGUAGAUGCCGAGGCGCUCUCGGACGUGUUCUCGCCGCACGACAUCACUAGGAUUAGGGAUCUAUUGCUGUCAACGGAGCCGUAUGGCGAGUUGUCGACUCCCUAUCAUGUCCUGAGAGGAUUGCAGGCGCUCGGGACCAGCUCUAGUGAAAAUAAAGAUGGGUUCAAGAGGAACGCGUGUGCCUACGCAUUAUCCCACAUCGAUACUUCGUCAGACCUUCAAUCUCUCUUCUACAUCUCCUCCAUUGCUGCCGAGCUGGGCAGUUCUUGUCUUCCCGACGUCAUAAAAAAGAAGUCUCACAUACAGUCCGUCGUUUCAGACGCUCUAGAAACUGAGCAGACUAUGGAGAAAUUGUACUAUUCGACUUCCAUCAGCACUAAUCUGGGACUUGACGUGAACAGUGAGAGUGUGCUGGCAUCCAUUCUGACCGCAUUGGACGACGAUGAAACCAUCCAAAACACUGCGCUAGCAUUCCUCACAGCUUCUCAACUCCCCGACUUUGAUCUUACUGCCAUAUAUGAACUCGUCGAGGACGUUGUGGCACAAGCGGAUGAAACUCCCACCACCUUAUAUUACGAUAGUCUUGAAACCACGUCAAAUGUUAUCACUGGAAUCUUUGCCAUGGCAACGAAAACUGGGGAGGCUCCUGCAAUUACAUCAGAGCAGGCUACUAAGUUUGGCAACUACCUCCUCACCAACACGUACACAGUGGACGUCGCUCGUCUAGCGUACGUCUUGGCAGCUGCAACUGCACUGGACAGGAACCAGUAUGUAGUUCCUUGUUCUCUUCUUCUGACUUCCUCGGGUUACGUCAGCCGAGCUAACCCAGACAUUCAAGUCCGCCUGGCUACCAUACUGGGCUCCCCGCCGCCCACGGAGUUCACGGUCACCGUGAUGACAGUGACACACCAGGAGGGAGAUGAAACCUUGCCAAAGAAGAAACUGAAAUCUAAAAACGGUCUAUACAGCUACAACCUCUUCCAAGACGUGUCGUCUCCCGGAGUCUACACAUUAACCUUCAGCACUGAGUCAGUGGGUGGUUCACCGGUCGUGAAACUUACCGAGACUCCCCUACAAGUGACGGUCAGCUUCGAGGUGACGAUAGGCUCGGCAGAACUGUCUCUCAGCGAUCGCGAACACGGAACCACCGCCAAGAAAAUCAGUUUGGAGUACCCCAACUCCAGUAAAGAGACGUUGGAGGCUGACCAACACUCCAAGGUUGUCAUGAAGUUCACUCUGAUCGACAAGGAGACAAAGAAAUCGGCACUAGUCCAUCAGGCAUUUGUUCGCCUCACUCGAGGUCAACACGAGAUAUUCUUCGUAGCCACUGCAAACAAGAAGACUCUGCAGUACACGUUUGAGCUGGACAUGGUAACAGCUGCCGAGGACUUUGGCAGUCUCUCCGGUUCCUACGCCAUGUCACUGAUAGUCGGAGACUUUGCCCUCGAAAAUCCGUUCUCGUGGGAUAUUGGUUCAGUCUCUCUCCUGUUUGCGGGGUCAACCACAGAUACGGGAGACGAAGACUACACUUACAGAGCGAAACCAGAAAUUCAGGUGAUGUUUGCACCGCAUCACUCAGAUUAUGUAUGUAUAUGUAUGCCUCAAUGAUUACCAAAAGUAGUGGCCUGAAAUUGAAAGUGAAAGUCUCUGUCUACCAUCCGAUCAUGAGAGGCUCUUUACAUACUGUAUACACCUAGCCUUUUAACAACGCUUUUCGAAUUUCAUUUUCGCCUUUUCUGUUGCAGCACAUGUUCCGACUGGAAGAAAAGCUACCUCCAAAAGUUAUCUCUUCAACAUUCACAGUUCUCGUCCUAAGUCCCCUCGCACUCCUCCUUGUCUUGUGGGUGGGUAUUGGGUUCAAUGUGUCGGGACUUGGAACCGGUGGCUUGUGGGCCGUCAUGUUCCACAUCAGUCUAGGAGGAAUAUUUGUGGUUUACUAUCUGUUCUGGUUGAAACUGAAUAUGUUUGAUACUAUGAAACUCCUUGCUCUGCUGAGCGUUCCAACUUUCCUCGCCGGAAACAGGAUGCUGAAACGCAUCGCCAGCAGCAACCAGAGUGCGUCUUGAAGUUUUGUCGGGUCGAAUCAAUCAACUGGUAGCUGAAUCUCUCUUCAUAUGCAGUCGUACCAGCUCUGUGCAUUCAAUGCAUGGACGGUGUACUUGUGUAUGGAGUGUAUGUGUUAUAGUCUUACAUGAAAAUUUUUUCAAGA